AUGCAUAGCUGCAUGGAAUUGGCUCAGCUCGCCUACUACGCCGCUGGAUACCAAGGCGAACGGGGUGCCAAGAGGCGCGAGUAUUUCGGAACCGACAACCCUGCAGACAUUGCAGUGAUUCAACAAGUAUAUGCAAACGUUUACGAGGCGUGUAAUCCAACAAAAAGAAAGACAAUUGAGAUCCAUUGCGAAGACCUGGCGAAUAGGUGUACGAAUAAAAAGGGCAAGGCUCUUGGUUACUGCUAUUCGCACAAAUAUGAGGAGAAAGUUGUGCUUUGUCCUCUCUUCUUCAAGCGGCCAGUCAGGGAUGACGGCGCUGGUAAGACGAGAUGGCAAAUGCAGGAUGUUCUUCUUCUACACGAGAUGACUCAUCUUGCCUCCAUCAAACUGACUGCGGACUAUGGCUUUCAUGAUCAUGAAGAUCUCAGGAAGCUGAGUAGGAAGCAGAAGCUCAACCACGCCAACACUUAUGCCUAUUUCGCUCACUGUGUCAGGGCAGGCUGUUAA